AUGUGUGGUUCAGUGUGGUGUCUGUUGCUCCUGUUGCUCUGUCCUGGUUCUGAUGAGACGGUGCUGGAGGACAAAGCCUUAGCCAGCCAGUCAGGGUAACACCUUAGGCUACUCUCAAUGCUUAUCUAUCUUAUCUUAUCUGAUCUGAUAUUAUCUAUCUUAUCUCUCUUAUCUUAUCUAUCUUAUCUUAUCAAGUUAGUUACCUUGUUAAAUUGAAAUUACUGAAUAAAAGUCAAUCCAGUCAGUCCAGGGAGUAAAUUGAAAUUGCAAUUGAAUAGAGUCCAUUUUGGAGAUUUUAAAACAGAAGAUUUUUCAAUCAGGAUUUUGUAAUUAUUAAAGUAAUUAUUAACAUGCACAUCAUAAGGAUACUAAACCCUGUGGCCCCUCAUCACGCCAUGUUUCUCCCAGGUGGCGUACAUAUGAGCUGGAGAAAGAACAGAAUGGCAUCAACAGCUUCAAAAGGCAUUCAGAUGGAACUUUCACUAAUGACUACACCCACUACCUGGACAAGAUCAAGGCUAAAGACUUCGUACAGUGGCUGGCCAGCACCAAACGAGAGAGGUAA